AUGGUUAUAAGGGCAGUAACAGUUGAAGUUCUGCUUGAUUUUUGUGUGGGCAAUUUUCUUUGUGCUUCAAAUGUCUAUGACAAUACUAGAUUUCUAAAUCAAGCAAAGAAAUAUGUCUUAUUUCUGUUGCAGAAUACAAGAGAUCCUCAAACUGUUCUAAAUAUAUUGAGUAUCCUCAUUGAAUUAGUCUCAGUUGGUGGUGGUCAGAGAGCAAACAUCUUGGUCACCAAAGGAGGGACACAGAUAUUGUUGCAGCUGCUUUUGAAUGCAAGCAAAGAAUCUCCACCAAAUGAAGAAUUAAUGGUACUUCUUCAUACCCUUCUUGCAAAAAUUGGUCCAAAAGACAAAAAGAUUGGCAUGAAAGCGAGAAUUAAUGGUGCCUUGAACAUAACACUGAAUUUAGUGAAGCAGAAUUUGCAGAACCAUAGGCUAAUAUUGCCAUGUCUUCAAGUAUUAAGAGUUUAUUCAACUAACUCUGUAAAUGCAGUGUCCUUAGGAAAGAAUGGAGUCGUUGAACUGAUGUUUAAGAUCAUUGGACCUUUUAGUAAAAAGAACACUAGCCUUAUGAAGGUUGCUUUAGACACACUUGCUGCAUUGCUAAAAUCAAAAACAAAUGCCAGGAGAGCAGUAGAUAGAGGAUACGUACACAUGCUUUUAACAAUUUACGUUGAUUGGCACCGUCAUGAUAGUCGACACAGAUAUAUGCUGAUACGUAAAGGAGUUUUACAGUGCAUUAAGAGUGUAACAAACAUCAAAUUGGGAAGAAAAGCAUUCAUUGAUGCAAAUGGGAUGAAAAUUCUUUACAACACUUCACAAGAGUGCCUUGCAGUAAGAACUCUUGAUCCACUUGUCAACACAUCCAGCCUAAUAAUGAGAAAAUGUUUUCCUAAAAACCGUCUUCCUUUACCAACUAUUAAAAGUGCUUUUCACUUCCAACUCCCAAUUAUUCCUUCCAGUGGUCCUGUGGCUCAAAUGUACAGUUUGCCUCCGGAUGUGGAUGAUGUGGUAGAUGAAAGUGAUGACAACGAUGAUGCUGAAACAGAAUCAGAAAUUGAAACUGAAGAUGACAAGGACCAAAAUUUUAAGAAUGAUGAUAUUGAAACUGAUAUUAAUAAACUGAAACCUAGACAGGAACUGGGGCGACCCUUAGAAGAUCUGAAAAUGUAUGAGCAAUUUUUCCCAGAACUUACUGAGAACUUUCAGGAAUGUGAUUUAGUUUCCAAGGAACCAAAGCCUUUUGUACCUGAUGCAAAUCUGGGUGGACCUAUUGUGGUUCCUACAGCAGGAGAGGAAUUCUUAGCUGAAACAAAUCCAUCAGUGAUAGGAAUUUCUUUGAAGGAGAGCAAUCCAUUACUGACAGAGGAGUACAAUAGAAGGCCAGCUUUCCUGGAAUUACCAAAGAAAGAUAGUAUCAAAGACAAUAGCUUACUUCGGCAAAAUAUUCAAAGGAAUAUGCUUCCAUCAUGCCAGUGUCUAAGCCAAGAAAUUGUGAAAGGCUUGGACAGAAUCAGUCUGCAAAACACUGCAGAAAAUGAUCAGUAUUAUGCUACAGAGUGUGUUGUAAAAAAAGAAAACAAAACUAGCCUUACCCCACUUGCUUGUAGUAAAACUUGUGAACAUGUUUCACCCUGUGGAAGUAGCCUUUUUGAAGGAUCAUCUGUCCAUCUUGGGAAAUUCUGCUGCACUGGAGUGGAAUCUGAGGAGGAGGAUUCCAAAUCUAGUUCAUCAGAGGAACAAGUGAUGCUUGAGGUUUCUGAUGUAUCUCCUGUUCAUGACUGCGAUCUUUAUAUUGAAAUGGUGAAAACCACAAAAUCUAUUCCUGAAUAUUCAGAAGUGGCCUAUCCAGAUUAUUUUGGACAUAUUCCACCCCCCUUUAAGGAGCCUAUCUUGGAAAGGCCUUAUGGAGUGCAAAGGGUUAUUGGAGAUGGUGAUUUGAAGAAUAAGAUUUCCGAUAUGAACAAAGUAAAAGCAUCAUCUGAAAAAAGAAAUGGUGGAAGCUAUGUAAGCCUCAGUGACUAUGAAGUCGUCUUAGAAGAAAGUUUUACAAUGGGUGAGAGUGUUAAGCAACCUCAGACUAAAACGAAUUUUGGAACAGCAGUGACCAACUGCUCCGAGCUGGUGCCGCGCUCCCACCCGCAAGGCACCCCGAGGAGCACUGCGCGCACGCUGCUUCCCCCACGCGGUACCCAGUCCUCCCCUGCUGUGGGAAGGAUGUCGGCACAGCCGUCAGGGAGCCCCGACGGGCGCCGCCCGACGGAAGCAGAAGCUUCCGACAAAGGCCUCCGUAACAGCAGACCUCCCGGGUGCCGGCGACUAACAGCGGCGGCGACAGCAAGGCUUCCGAGAAGCGUUCAGGAUGGGCCCCCCCGACCCACUCGGAAACGCCCACAGGGUUUGGCUAUGGCUGGCACAGGCCAUAAGGAGAUGCCCCCUGAGUCAGAGAAAGAACUGAAUCCAGCUGAAGAUGGAAAAAACAUAGCUGAGCAAGAGGCACCACAGCCAGCUGCACAACAGAUUGCUGACGAGGAGGUGGAGAGGGAGCAGCUCCUCAACUAUGAUGCUAAGCAGAGUGACUCGCCUCCUGGACAGGCUGACCAACAAGCACGUGAAGCACUGAAUGAAGACAAAGAUGUUGACUACAAUUUAGAUGAGAAUGAAGCUGAAUCAGAAACAGACAAGCAAGCUGCACUUGCAGGCAUUGAAACUGGGAUCCUUGUUUUGAAGUUCUCUUUCAGACAUGAGAACAGAGGAGUUGCUUCGUUUACAUAUAAUCGAAUACCAUAUGCUCCAAUCUGGCAGGAAUAUGCCUUGAAAGAAAGGUCACAGUGCAUCAACCAGAUGAAGGAAUUAAAAGAACAAUGUGAAGAAAGGAUAAAUGAGAUAUCAAAAAAAGACAGUGAUGUACCACAAGUCAAAAAAAAUAAGGACUUCUUAGAAGAUUCAAAAAGAAGCACCCAGAGUCGGAUCAUGGAGCUGGAAGGCAAGGUCCGCAGGGCAGCAGCAGAGAGAGGCGCCGUGGAGCUCAAGAAGAAUGAAUUCCAGGGAGAGCUGCAGAAGCAGCGAGAGCAAAUUGAUAAAAUACAGUCCUUGCAUAGCUUCCAGAUGGAAAAUGCCAACAGAGUACAUUGGGAAGAGAAGCAGAGCCUGACGCAGGUGCUCUCAGCGGUGACCCCAGCAGGCCGCAGCGGGAGGGCCGGGCGGCUGUUCCGCUCGGCGCCGCGCUCCCGCCUUUCCGAGUGCCGUGAUGGAGGCGGUUGUUGUGCGGUGUGUGACCGGGCGGUGGCGGCCGGCAGCCCUACAACAUACGUUUUGGAUGAAGAUGAGCCUCGCUUUCUUGAAGAAGUUGAUUAUAGUGCAGAAAGUAAUGAUGAUCAAGAUGUUGAAUUAGCUGAUAAUGUGGGUGAUUAUGAGGCCAGCAAUCAAGAAGAUGGACUCUCAGACUCAGAUUCAACCAGGAUACUCCUUACUUGAAGCAUCUUUUCAGCUGGUAAUAAGAAAUGAGGAAUCUUGGGUUCUUGUACUCACAUAUUUCCUCACUCAAGUCUACUAAGGGGAUAAGCUUAAGGAACCACAGUAACUGGGUCCUUUCAAGCUCAAGGACAAUAAAUAUUUCUGAUUUCUCAUAAAUUGGCACUUGUUUUAUUUAAGGAAUUCUGUGUUUUCUCUGAGCAUGAACUAGAUAAAUUUCCUUACUGGUUCAUUUUCUACUGAGUAGCAUUGCAUGGCAUUUUGUGUCAUUAAAGCCUAUCAAUU